UGCCAGAAUGGCCAUCAGCUGUGUGAUGGGAAAUUUGAUACGACUGGUCCCUCUCGGCUGAUCGACCUUCGGGGUGAUGUUAUUAAGCUUGCGCUGGCGUCAGAAGACUCGACCCAGGGCUCCUAUGUUGCGCUCAGCCAUUGCUGGGGCGAUGCGCAACCACUCCGAACCACCUUAGAAACUCUGGCUAGCUUUCAAGACAAGAUUCCUGCCCACGAACUACCGUCGACAUUCUCGGAUGCCAUUUAUGUUACGCGAGCGCUUGGAUUUACGCAUAUCUGGAUCGAUAGCCUGUGCAUCGUCCAGGACGACGAGCUAGAUUGGGAGCACCAAUCAAGUAUAAUGGCAAGUAUAUACAGCAAUGCUGACUUGGUUCUGGCUGUUGCUGCAGCGAAAUCCGCGAAUGAAGGGUUUCUGCGAAAAGAGAGGCCAUCUUGUGAAGGAACAGUCAGCCUGGAUAUAAGAGGAAGCGCAACUUCAUUUGUCUACAGGGCAGUACCCGAAUUGCAUCACGACAUAGAUGAGCCCCUGUACAAGAGGGGUUGGACUCUACAGGAGAGGUUAUGCGCUCGCCGUUUCCUUGCGUAUGGCAACUGGGAAAUGAGCUGGGAAUGCAAAAAGUCUUCUUCUUGCGAGUACCACGGAAGCAACACUGUCGGUUCCUCAAUUCUACAACGUAAUGACAUGUUUGGGGCCCGGAUGGAGUAUACAAGUCUCGAAGAUUUUGCGCAGUUUUGGAGGAGCGAUGUUGCCGAACCGUACAGUGAGAGAUUACUCACGAAGCCUACAGAUACGCCAGUCGCAAUAUCAGCUCUUGCUUCUCGAUUCGCAUCACGGUUUAAUGGUAAAUAUCUCGCAGGCUUGUGGAGGGAAGAUAUCUGUAAAGAACUUCUAUGGCAUUGUGACGAAACAGCACGUCCGUCGUCAUUCUUUGCCCCUUCUUGGAGU